AUGGAGCGGGUCGACGGCACUCGGUGGUCUUGGCGCUCUGCCUCCGUUUGCGCGGUGUUCUUGGGGAACAUCUGCUUCUUCAUCGCCUCGCUCAUCGUGCUGGUCCUGAGUCUGACGAAGCAGCAGUCUCCGCCGCACCAGACAAGUACCGCCAGCCAGGUAUCCGCUGCUCAUCUGGUCCUUAAGCUGAAUGGAAAUGCUAGCCUUAAUCGAGGGACAAUAGACUGGUUUUACCGUGACGUUGAAGGAGCAUUCCUUGGACCAUCGCUUGAAUAUAGCUUUCGGAAGCUAAAGAUUAAAGAGGAUGGGCUGUACUGUAUCUAUGCCCAGAUCAAUGUUGCUCGUCGUAGCUAUUUUGCCGGUAAUAACAAGACGAUGAAAGCUGAUUUCUAUAUUCAUCAUAACAAUGAUUCAAAUCCUGCUCUUCUGACUCUCACUUUGAAUUUGUCUAAUACUGUAAAGGAAUCAUAUACAAACUCCGUAUCUCAGAUUUAUCAAUUGUCAAGUAAUGACGUACUCUAUGGGACAUUAAAGGGAUCUACUGAGGAAGACAAUAACUGGGGUCUCCAAAACUCUGGCAAUUUCUUUGGUGUCUUCAGGAUUAAUAAAAAAGAGACUAUUCAAAAGAGACUGUAAUAAAUAGCAGAACUGGAGGAGAAGCUCAAGAAGGGUUAUAAAAAAAAAGCUUCAUGUAAUGCUGAAGAUGCAAGUAAUGCCGUGGAAAGGUCCUGCAUAGACUACUAAAGCAACCCGACAUUCCAUCGAAAGUGAUUGUGUCUUAUUUGGCAUCCAUGCAAAAGCAGACAGAGGCAUUGGUGUACUGCCCUCCUAGCCUCAUCUUUGGGUGGAAUUUCUGAGGAUUUUCUCUCUGGAAAGAUCCUUCUGUUGUGAUUCUCACAGUGCUUAUACAAGGACUCUCCAUCCCUAGAGAAGAAGCUUGCCCUGAGGAUGAUAGGAUAAAAAAGAAGAAAGGUGGAGCUACCAGGCCAACAAUCUCAAGUAGCUGUUGAAAUAUUUGGGAUGAUGACCACGCUGCACUAUGGCUCAAUCUCAAUGUUCUAUUGAAGCUGGCUUUCAGUAUUUUUCUCAAAGAAGACAGAUGUGUUACAUACAGGCCCCGAGGUUCAGCUUAUGGUCACUCACUCACACAUUUGCAGCCCUGGAAAACAGCUCCACUCAAAUCACUUUCAACUAAACACUGAGGCACAAUCUGUUCUUUAGAACAGGGCUUUUCAACCAGUGGUACUGGUACCACCUGUGGUACAUUGGCACCUGGCAAGUGGUACGCGGCCAUCCUAGAAAAGUGGU